AUCGCAUGUUAUUAUUACGCCUUAUUGUGGUUGUCGCUUUGCCGAGUCAUUCGCUAGAGGGGCAAGAGGAGAAGGCAGUUUACCACACGACUUCUGCUGAAUGUCUGUACGCUCCUCGAGUACUUGUUUGACUCCCGGACAGGAACAUGUUUUGGCACGGCCGUUUCUCCGCCAUCCAGCGGUUUCCGCCCAGCCCGUAUUUGCAGUGCCGUCAUUGUUUGACUUUCCCGCAAGGUGUACGCGUGUUUCGUUUUGUGCCUAGUGCUGCCAUCUCUUGGGACGUGGUGGGAGCUUAACAACGCCACGAAAGCUGUUGCCAACUGUGGGCGGCCAAAAUUCAAUGCUCCGUUUCGAAACUCCCUGUAGAGUUUCUGGUUUCCUCACAUUACUCGCUGAUGACCGCACUCCUUUAAUUGUUUCUGUCUUAUCUUUACUGAUAACGCAAACGUAUUCACGUCGAUAAAACUGAACUAGGAGAAGAGCGAAAGGAGGCGUUCCCUUUUCUUGCUUACGUUUGCGUCAAUCAGCUGUUUUUCUCAGACAUGGCCUCCAAAUGAGAACAAAACUUUAGAAACACAACAAACACGUCUGUGAGCCAAAUUCUCAAGUGUUUCACUUGGCCCCUGGGUGAAAAUUGAGUGUACUUCGGACCAUGUCCAUGGGUUUGGCCGGCCAGCUAGCCAAUCGUGGCGGUAAAUACCUUUUUAGUGCAGCGAUCGCGUCACCUAACCUCUGCGUGUGCAGAGGCUGGAGGGUUCGCCGGGUAGCAACGAGCGCCCUCGUCCUUCAUGAUGACAGGGGCAGGGAAGAUCUCAAGCACACUAUCAUACUCUCACAAAACGGCCGCCACAUUCAAGAAUUGCCCGUGAUUGUCAGAAAGGCGAAACUGGGUGCCUUGUGUGAGGAUGAGGAGAGUCGCAAUGAAGGUGACAAGAGUACUACGUCUGACACACAGCCAGACGAAGAAGAGUUGAAAGAGUUGCAUGGAGUCCUCAAGUCAUGUCGCACCCUAAAGCACCUCCUUGAAUUGGUUUGGGAUGUCCCUGCUAAUGAACUUACCCCAACAGUGUCGGUUGAAAUUCUGCGCAAGCUCAUUGAACUAGAAAAUAAUCAGCACUACAGAAGAAAAACCCCACCUAACGGUGGUAAUGAAGAUCGUGAUAAAAACAAUUCAAGAGAUGCUGUUGUGUGCUCUCUUUUAGAAGCUAUUGUAGCUAGUAAUAAUCCCAAGCUUAUCCUCGAAUCACUAAAGAUUAUAACGAGAGAUAUGUCAAGAGCAGCUUCCCGCAACAAUAAUUCCUGGGUUGGUUAUUACAGAGCAAGACUUAGUCAUGAGGCGUUAAUUUUAGCUACUGAUUCAAAGUUUUCAAUAACAGAAUUAUGUGAAAUAGUUCAUGCCUUCUCUUAUAUCUAUAAGGAUGAUGCGGAACUGAUAGAUUUGCUUUGGGUGGGUUUUGAAGCUAAAGCUGGUGAUAUUGAUCCAUCAAAUAUAGUAGAGGUCUUUAGAGUACUACCCUUGUUCAAGAAAAGUAGAAAGGUUGUUCUUGCUGAUGCAGAGAUUGCAUUUCUUCAAGUUUGUUGGAGCCUCAAUGGAGCUGCUAUUGCUGAAAUAAUGGCCACCCUUCAGGCGUGUAAGGAGGUUGGACAGAGUCCAUCAGAUAGGUUGCUGGCUGAAAUUUCGCAUUGGAUUGCCACCAACAUUGAUGCUGUCUCUGAAGAAGAAUUGGUUGACAUUGUUGCUGCGUUGUGUGGCCUGGAUUACAACAGCCCUCGAAUUGUUCAGUCUUUGGAAAAAUAUGUAAAGACUCACAAUAAGAGUCCUGAAUUGUUUGCCAACAUCAUGGAAUUCUGUUCAAAAUUUCGUCUCAGGUCUCCCACAAUUUUAGAAGCUUGUGCUAAUCAUGUCAUAAACAGUAGUACCAUUAUGUCCCCAGUUGUUCUCAAAUCUAUAUUUUCGCCUUAUGGUCUCUUAUACUAUCACCCUGCACAAUCAGACUCAUUUAUUGAUGCUGUUGAGAAAUCAUUUAGUGAAAAUUUUGUGAGGUUUAGGCCAGAAGAUGCUGCAGACAUAGUUUUGGCCUUUAUAUAUCUGAGACGUUAUCCCGUGCAAUUUGUUAGUAAAAUUUUCAAUUCCAACUUUCUUGAUCGUUUGGAUUCCUGCCAAAAUGAGGAGACUAUUAGGUCCACUCAGACCAAGUUAAAGUUGUUUGAUAUGGCAAUGACAUUAGAUUGUGAAGACUAUAACGGGCCCCUCUUACCUCGUGAAACAAAUGUAAAAUCAAUGUGGGUUGAUAAAAGACUGACAAAAGUAAUGCAUACUGUUAUUGCUUCUCUUGAGAAAUCAGCAGGGAGUAGGAGUAAAAUAAGCCAGUUUGUAUUAAUGAGUGGUACGCCUGCUGUAUCGUUAUAUAUAGUGGAUAUUCUUCUGCACCCAAGCUCACCAUCCCCACAACAAGAAGGAAGGCUUACUCUCACUCAAGAUGAACGGAGUUCAAGUAUUGCGUUUCUAAUCCACGUCCCUGAACACUACUGUGCACAAAUGGACCAUCUAACAGGACCUCAAGAACUAAGACAUCACCAUUUCAAAAAGCUAGGUUUGCAAACAGUCAAAUUAAGAUAUGACGUAAUGACAAGGUUAUUGUCCAAUCAAAGAUCCCUUGACAGAUAUUUACAAGAAAGUUUAAGGGCAGCUAGAGAAAAAAAAGCAAAGCAAUGACAAGUGGCAAUAUGUAGUUCUUCCUUCUUGUUACCAUAGUGUGAAGGGUGAUUUUAAAAGUGUGCUGCUCAAAAUGUUGUCUCGUUCCUAAGAGAGUGAGUAUUUGGGGAAAAGUGGUAUAAUUUCAUAAAGCUUUGCAGCAGUUACAUUAGUUAAACAAUUUUUUUAAUUUAUAAGCAGAUAUCAGAUGUAUUAGGUACCUAUAAAUAAUAGACUGAACUGUCGCAUCAACUAAUUAUUAGUAGUCCAUUCUGUCAGGAAAAAGAAACUAAUAAUGUAUAAAAAUUAAUAUAACGUUGUUCUAAAAUCAUUUUAUGAUAUGCUCAUGAAAAAAAUGACCUUGCCAUUAAUACAGUGACUUAAAUCCUUAGUUUGAAUGUAGAAUUAUUUCUUAUCACUUCAUCAAAUUUUGCUAAUUCUCUUGUACUGUGAUAAACUUAUUAUUUUCACUAAAAAAAAAAAAAGAUACAGUUCUUAUUUGCAGAACAAAAUUUUAGUUUUUGUCACAAUUGGCCAUUAUUUAAUUUUACUGAUGAUUUUAAAUUUGCGAUCUAAUUUAAACUUGAGCUAUUGAUUUUUUCUGUCUCUUAGAUUUUUUUUGCUGUUGAUUACUUUGUCAAAAUGUAUUCAACAUAACUGUGAUAUUAUAGUUAGUGUCUAUAUGAACUAACACAACACAAUACAAUAUAUUGGCUAUAUUGAUCAGUUUUUGUAGGGAACUAGUCUGGUCACAUGGCCAAUCGUUGAGAACUCAUUGAUCAAACUUUCAAUUUGUAUAAUUGAGGAUUAAGUAAGUUUAAUCCUAAAACUGUGAUUUGUCAAACACUUUGAGAGAGUUGAUGUUGAAAUUUGGCACACCACUUGUGUCUUAAAGUCUUGUGCCUGAAACGCACUAGUCUGAAAGUUGUGUUCAAAAUCAGCAAACUACGUAUUGUCACCAACGUAUGUGUUCGUCUGACUGCAACCAAGUCAUUAAAAAGUGUUGAAUCCAUUGUGAAGCAGUGCAGUGUUGACAGAAAAUUCUGAAUGUUUCUCAAUGUAGGAAAUUAAAAUAAACACAAAUUAUUUGUCCAACAA